AUGGCGUGCGGCUUUCGUAGGUCGAUCGCCUGUCAGCUUUCCAGGGUGUUGGCUCUUCCACCAGAAAGCUUAAUCAAGUCAAUAUCUGCAGUUCCAGUUUCAAAAAAAGAAGACGUGGCCGACUUUCAGUUCUCUGUGGCUUCCUUACCAGAAGACAACAAUCACAAGUCCAAAGCAGACACUGAAGAUCAAGCCAGGAGACUGGCGGAGAAGCUUAAAUGUGAUGCAGUGGUGACCGCCAUCAGUGCUGCUCCUGGGACGCUAAAUUUCAAAAUUAACAGAGCAUUAUUAACAAAGGCAGUAUUACAACAAGUAACAGAAGAUGGCUCAAAAUAUGGAUUAAAAAGUGAACUUUUCUCAGGUCUUCCCCAGAAGAGGAUUGUGGUUGAAUUUAGUUCACCUAAUAUUGCCAAAAAAUUUCAUGUUGGACAUUUGCGCUCCACCAUUAUAGGAAAUUUUAUAGCAAAUCUAAAAGAAGCUUUAGGACAUCGAGUAACAAGAAUAAAUUACAUUGGAGAUUGGGGCAUGCAGUUUGGUCUGCUGGGAACUGGUUUCCAACUAUUUGGCUACGAAGAAAAACUACAGUCCAAUGCUUUACAACAUCUCUUCGAUGUUUAUGUACAAGUUAAUAAAGCAGCAGCAGAUGACACAAAUAUAACAAAAUUGGCACAAGAAUUCUUCCAUCGACUGGAACUGGGCGACACACAGGCACUUUCCCUGUGGCAAAGAUUUCGGGACUUGAGCAUUGAAGAGUAUACUCAGAUUUACAAGCGCCUUGGAGUAUACUUUGAUGAAUAUUCAGGAGAGUCAUUUUAUCAUGAAAAAUCUCAAGAUGUCUUAAAGUUGCUGGACAGCAAAGGACUUCUACAGAAAACAAUAAAAGGAAAUGUUGUGGUAGAUCUCUCUGCGACUGGUGACCUCUCUUCUCUCUGCACUGUGAUGCGGAGUGAUGGGACUUCUCUCUAUGCAACCAGGGACCUUGCAGCCGCUAUAGAUCGCAUGGACAAGUAUAAUUUUGAUUCAAUGAUUUAUGUUGUAGACAAAGGGCAACAAAGGCAUUUUCAGCAAGUGUUCCAAACGCUGAAGACCAUGGGAUACGAAUGGGCGGAAAGGUGCCUGCAUGUACCUUUCGGGAUAGUAAAGGGAAUGAAGACACGAAGAGGGGAUGUCACUUUUCUGGAAGAUGUCUUAAAUGAAGUUCAGUCAAGGAUGCUACAGAACAUGGCUUCCAUUAAGACAACAAAAAAGGUGGAGAACCCGCAGGAGACUGCAGAGAGGGUGGGGCUCGCAGCUCUCAUCAUCCAGGACUUCAGAGGCUCACUCUUAUCUGACUAUCAGUUCAGCUGGGAUCGUGUUUUCCAGAGUCGUGGGGACACUGGAGUCUUCCUACAGUACACCCAUGCCCGCCUCUGCAGUCUGGAAGAGACUUUUGGAUGUGGUUAUCUCAAUGACCUCAACAUUGCUUGUUUACAAGAGCCACAGUCUGUUUCAAUUCUCCAGCAUCUUCUCAGGUUUGAUGAGGUGCUUUAUAAGUCUUCUCAGGACCUGCAGCCUAAGCACAUUGUUAGUUACCUCUUAACGCUAAGUCACCUUGCAGCUGUGGCACAUAGAACACUCCAGGUGAAAGGCACUCCGACUGACGUGGCUGGGGCCAGGCUUCACCUGUUCAAAGCUGUCCGUUCUGUCCUAGCCAAUGGAAUGAAACUUCUUGGAAUCACACCUGUAUGUAGAAUGUAAUUUCUAAUUAAAGUUUCUUUUUUAUGCCAAGUGAAUUCUAGUUGUUAUCAGAUGCCUUGCUGUUCAGAAUAGAAUUUGAAAUAUCAUUGUGUCCCAG